AUGGAAACCAACAGCCCAAAGAUUCUGUCUCUCUUUCCCAUUUUGCUCCCUGCAAUUGCGAUAGUUGGGGUAAUCUAUAGCUAUUUCCGAUCAUGGUAUCGCCUUCGCGAUUUCAAGGGACCAUGGCUAGCUGGCUUGACGGAGGCUUGGCUCUUUCGAACCACCACGACCGGGGAAUUGCAUAUGCGAUUAUACGAAGUCAAUAAGAAAUACGGUGACCUGACUCGAAUUGGACCCAACUGGCUCAUGACAAGCGACCCGGAGAUAAUCCGUUAUAUGAGUGCAGCGAGAUACAAGCACCACAAAUCUUCUUGGUAUGAAUCCUUGAAGGUUGAUCCUUAUGUGCAUAGUGUCUUCUCGGAACCUAGCCUAGAGAAGCACGACAAAUUACGAGUUAAGAUGCAAUCCGGGUAUUCUCUAAAAGAAAAUCGAGAUCUUGGUGUCAAAAUCGAUGCCGAAAUUGCUUCACUUGUUAACUUGAUAGAGACGAAAUACAUCUCCACGGCGAAGGAGGUUCGCCCAAUUGACUUGGCGCAAGCCGCUCAGUAUUGGUCCUUGGACGUUAUUACCAGUAUUUCUCUUGGUGAUCCAUUUGGGUAUCUCACAGAAGACAGAGACAUGUAUGACUUUGUGAAAAUAAUUCAAGGCGAAUUACCGCUCGCAACCGUCUGCUCGUCGACACCCACAUUGGGAAAUCUCGUUUUUGGAUCGGGACUGGUCACCCUUAUCGGGCCAACUCCCAAAGAUGAAGCUGGGCGAGGAAAGCUCAUGGGAAUAGCGAAGAAGGUUGUCGGUGAUCGGUACGGUCCCCAAAAGAUCAUACGAGACGACAUGCUGGGAACUUUUGUCCGAAACGGGCUCGACCAACGUCAAGCUGAAUCCGAGAUUCUUACUACCAUUCUGGCUGGAUCCGAUACGACGGCCACCGCUAUUCGCGCAACUAUGCUACAUGUCAUGACAAAUCAUCGAGUCUAUAACACUCUUGUUCAAGAGAUACAAAACGCAGAGGCAAAUGGGUCUAUCUCCAGUCCCAUCACAUCCGCCGAAUCUCGUAAAAUGCCCUACGUACAAGCGGUAAUCAAAGAAGGCUUGCGAAUCCAUCCGCCCAUUACUGGUCUCUUGACUAAGAUUGUAAACCCAGGUGGGGAGACAAUCAAAGGUCGAUUUGUUCCAGGGGGUACUGGUAUUGGCCAUUGCGGAUGGGGAAUCCAACGUCACGAGGUCUUCGGAACCGACGUUGAUGUUUUCCGGCCUGAACGAUGGAUCGAAGCAUCUGAUACACAAAGAAAUGAGAUGGAGAGGACCAUGGAGCUGGUUUUUGGUACCGGUCGAUGGGGCUGCCUUGGCAAAGCAAUUGUGAUGGUCGAAUUGGACAAGAUCUUUGUGGAGGUUCGUUUGGGUUUCUAUCCCUGA